AUGUCGUCGAGCGACAAUGCAGCACCGGGGAAGCGGCGCUCCCGAAAGUCGAUUGCAGUGAUGCCGACGAAUGCGGCCGCAACAAGCAGCAGCGGCAGCGCACCGGGGGAGGAGAGCAGGGAGAGGGAGAGGGAGAGGGAGAGGGAGAAGGAGAAGGAGAGCGCAGCGACACUGGCAUUGAAGCCGAAGAAGAAGUCGAGGUCGAAGAGUCUGGGGCCGGGAGGACUGCUGGACGCGGGUGGUGGUGGUGGUGGUGGUGGUGCGGAGGCGGGGAGAAGUGGGAAUGGGCUGAAGAGCGGGAGUGGGAAUGGCAGGAGGGAAUCUCUCGCCCCCGCCGCCACCGUAAAAUCGAUCCUCAAACCCACCCUCCCCAUCUCACCCCUCAAGCCCAUCCCCGCGCACCGCACACGCUCCACCCGCGCCCCCCUCCCCCCCUUCACCAUGGCGCCCACCCACCAGUCCUCAGCGCCCACCGGCAAACCUUCCAAAGCACCCACCGCCACCACCACCACCCCCUCCUCCUCCUCCAGCGGCGCCCUCAACUUCAACCCCCCACCCCCCACCACCACCGUCCCCAUCCGCACCGAAGAGGAGCAGCAGCGCCGCGCCGAGAUCCUCGCCGCCCGCGCCGCCCGCCGCCAGUCAAUGGGCAAUCGCCGCGUCUCCUUCGCGCCAGAGGCAACCCUCCACACAUGGGACGUCAUCGAGUACUACCCCGCUGGCACCGCCGGCACGCCCUCGAGCAGUGGCAGCAGCACCGCUAGCACGCCGGCUAACAGGGCGACCGGGAACCUUAGCACCAUUGAGGCGACGCCGACAGAGACGUCGCUCGCGGCGGACGACACGCCUGUGCGGCUGCCGGAGGCGCUGGGCGGCGGUGGUAGCGCGCAGGACCCGGCGACGCCGAUGGGCGCGGCGCAGCAGAAGAGGAGCUUUGAGUCGCCGGUGUUUUCCUCGUCGCCGUUUUCGUCGAGCCCGGGCAGUGCGUUUGGGGGGAUGGCGCAGGGGGAUGAUGAUGGCAGUGGGCUGGACUCGGAUGAGGAGUCGGAGUCCGGCUCGGAGGACGAUGAUGAUGAUGAGCCGGGAGCGGGGGAUCGCACGUUUGUGACGAUGGGUGGGGACGAGACGAUGGGUGAGAUGACGAUGGAUAUUGCGGACGACGAGGUGACGGGCGCGGGGUUUGGCGCGUUUGGGACGCGGAAGGCGUGGAAAUUGGAGGGGAGCACGGAGACUGUUGAGGACCCUGUUGACCAGGACCAGAGCGACGAUGAUGGGGAGGGACAGAGUGCUGCGUCAAUAUCUGCGAAACUGGCGGCUGCAAAGUCGCUGAAGGAAGACGGAGACCGAGACGGAGAAGAUGAAGGGGGGGAAAUGACGAUGGAGAUGACACGCGCCGUGGGCGGGCUGCUUCCGGCGGUGGUUGAGUAUCCGGCGCUGCCGGUGUCGAAGGAGGACGACGCGGACCAAGAAGAAGACGAAGACGAUGGCGGCGAGAUGACGAUGGACAUGACACGCGCCAUUGGCGGCGUCCUCCCACCGACGUUCAGCAACCCGUAUGUCGAGAAAGAGGAGAACCAGGAGGACAUGACCAUGGACAUGGACAUGACACGUCCCAUCGGCGGGAUCCUGUCCAGCGCCGCCAACGCCCUUCAACGCGCAACGCGGAAAUCACUCGGCUUCUUCACCUCCUCCUCCGCCCCCGCUGCGCCGGCACAGGCGGACGAAGACGGGAUGACGAUGGACAUGACUGUCGCGCUCGGCGGCAUCCUCGCGACGGCCCCCGAGACCGAGACCGAGACCGAGACCGAAACCGAAGCGGAGUUCCCGUCCUCGCCGGUAGGUGGGGAUAUGACGAUGGAUAUGGAUAUGACGCGGCCCGUCGGCGGUAUCAUCUCUGCUGCACCUGCGCCUGCGAAGCCGGCUGCGCGCUUUGCGUCGUCGUCGCCGGCGGGCUCGGAUGACGCGGGGAAUGAGGAGAUGACGAUGGAGUUUACGUCUGUGCUUGGCGGGAUCAUUGAUGGGUCGAGGACCGGUGGCGGUGGGCGGAGAAGCUCGCUGGCCAGGGGCGGUGGCGCGGGGAAGCUCAUGAGUGGUGCGGAGUGGGCGAGGCAGCAGGAGGCGCAGAAGAAGGGGGAGGAGAAGAAGGGAGAGGAGGAUGAAGAUGAAGAUGAAGAUGAAGACGGAGAAGAAGGGGGUGGAGAUAUGGAUUUCACGGUGGCGGUGGGAGGGAUCAUAUCGAGGCAGGAUGAGGCACCGCCGGCGUCGGCGUUCCCGGGCAGGGACACGGGCGUGGAUGAAGGCGGAGACAGCGACGACGAUGGCGAUGUGGAUAUGGAGAUGGACAUGGACGGCGUCACGAUGGACAUCACGACCGCCAUUGGCUCAAUCCUGCCCUCAAAAACCGACAACAAGCAAGACGACGAAUGGACACCCGCGUCGAUUCCUGCCCGGACGACGGCCGAGGGGCAGGAGCAGCAGCAGGAGGAGGAGUUGGAGGCCACCUCCUCGCCCACGCCGGCCAAGCGCGGCGGGAGAAGCAGCAGGAGGAGCAACAGCAGCAGUGCUGCGAGUACUGCUACUCCUACUACUCCUACUGCUGCUUCACCACGAGUCACCCGCAGUGCUAGGAAGAAGACGCCUGAUGCACCACCGCACGCUGAAGAAAAGAAAGCUGCUGAGAACACGCCCGAGGCUGAGGCCAGAGCAGAGACUCCCGUUGUUCAGAGGCGGCAGACGCCCACCAGGAAGGCGGCGACACCAAAGGCGAAGAGCGCAACACCAAAGAACCAAGGCAAGAAACCCGCCGAAACACUCACCCCACCAGCACCAGCACCAGCGCCUCAAACCUCAACCUCAACAUCAACAUCAACCUCCGCACCCCCCGCCGAGCCCGCAAAGCCCGACUUCGUCUUCGCAACCCCGCAGAAAAAGACGCCCGCCCCGCCCUCGCAGCCGCAGACCCCCCCCGGCCAAGCCACGCCCGCCAUCCCCCCGCGCCCAAAAACACCCAGCAAGCACACACCCAUGAUCCAGACGCCCCUGCGCCAAGUCACAACACCCGGCUUCUUCUCCCUCAGCACAAAGCACCACAACAAACCCAGCACCUUCCCGACCUCGCCCUCGCCCGCAAACCGCAUCACCGCCCCGCGCACAGACGACACCGCCCCGGACUCGCCGAGCACGACCAGGGGCGUCGGCAUCAAUAAGCUCGGCCUGGGCUCGCCCCGCGUCGCGGCGAAGCUCUCGGCGAGGAAGAGCCUGACGGAGAUUACGCUGCCGUUCUCGCCGCAGGCGGCGGCGCCGAGGGAUUUGUUGAAGGCUAGCCAGGCCGACGCUGCCGCGGAGCGCGAAGAGGCGCAGCGCGAGCGCGAGAUGGAGAUGGAGCGCCGCAAGGGGCUGGAUCUGAAGAGCCGUAUCGACCUGUUGACGCCGCGCAAGGCGGCACGAAAGAGUCUGGCCUAUGGCGCGCUGCUGCAGAGGAAGCAUGAGAGGGGUGAGGAGGACGAGGAGGCGGGGGAUAUCUGGGGGGCGCCGAGUCUGCCGACGCCGGGGCAGGGGAGGACGCCGAGGAGGAAGGCGGUCACGAUUGCGGAGGAGCCAGUGGUGGUGGCCGGGGCUAUGUCGAGUAGUCCGAUGGCGCCUCCGCCGCCGCCGUCGAAGACGAAGCCGGUGGAGGAUGAGAAGAUGCAAGAGUCGUCCGAUGAGGAGGAGAUUGAAGGGUCAGAGUCAGAGGAAGAGCAGGAGAGGAUCACGCUGCAGCAGUUCUUGUCAAUGACGAGCAUCAGCUUCCUCGACGGUCUCACAACCACCAAGCGGCGCCAGACUGGCUUUCCGGGCCUCGAUCUGCGCCGCGGCACCACCGGGCGCCGCAGCGACGUAGGCGGCGACGAGAACCCCGCCGCAGAGGCGCCAAUGGCCGACUGCGUGAUUGCCGGCGCCUGCACCGUGCCCAUGCUCGAGCUCUUCCAGCACUCGUGCCGCGAGCUCAAGCAAUACAUCAAGGAGGGCCGGGCCAUCGUAAAAGAGAUCGAGCACGACACAUCGGACGACAACCCGCCGCUGUUCCGCGAGUACCUCGACGCCCCGCCGGACGUGAAGGUGAUCAUGGACACGCAGUUCAAGAACGUCAAGACGCACGCGCGCCUGCUCGCGCGCGGCAUCUGGUACAAGUGGCGCCGGCAGCUCAUGGACGGGGUUAAGACUGCGCUGGAGGCGAACCUGGGCGAUAUGCGUGGGGAUGAGGAAGCGCUGGAGAGUGCGAGGGUGGCGGCGGAGGAGGUGUUGCCGGGGUGGAGGGCGCGGAGGGAGGGCGCGGAGAGGACGGCGGCGAGGUUGGAGGAGGCGCGGAGGAGGUGCGAGGGUGAUGAUAAGGAGCAGCUGGCGAGGGCGAGGGAGGGGCUCACGGGUGUGGCGAGGCGCAUCGAGGAGGUGAAGAUGAAGCUGGCGCAGCGAAGUAAGGAGCUGGAGGAGGUCAAUGAGGGUAUUGGGGCCAGGGGCGCGCGGAAGGCGGAGCUGCAGGCGGCGAUCGAUGAGGCGGAGCGCGUGAAGGAGCAGAAUCGGGGGUGGAGCGAGGAGGAGGUUGCGGGGUGGGCGGCGAGGGCGGAUGAGCUCGAGAGGCGCUGUGGGUGGAGUGUUGUGGGCGUGCGCGGGGGGAGUGUCGUGGAGUUGUCGUUCCUGAGGCAGUUGAGGGUGCUGUGGGAUGCUACUGGCGCUGCGCCGACGACCGUCGAGUAUGUGGUUGAGGCUGUGCGGAAGCCCUCGGACCCGCUGCCGCUGGAGGAGGCGGAGCGGGACUUCUUCGUCGGCGCGCUGAAUAGACGGCUUGUUGUGGGCGGGCGGACGCUGAAGGGCGCGGUGGCGGAGGUGGAUGCGUUCUGGCGGCGGUGCCUGGGCGUUGCGGAGGAGAUUGAGAGGGUGCGCGGGUGGUAUCCGGUGGUUGUUAGGGAGGAGGAGGAGGAGGGACGGCUGCUGGUGGCGAUUAAGGUGCUGGUGGCAGAGGUGCGGAGUAAGGUUGUGAUUGAGGUUGCGGUGGACGCGGACCUAGGCGUGCAGAGUGCGGCGAGGGUCGUCUAUGGCGGCGUGAAUGGGGAGGCGGUGGGCGAGUUUGUGGGGAAGAUGUUGGGCGUGGAGGGCGCGUGGAGGAGCGUGGUGGACGGGGUGGUGGGGAGGUGUGUUGAGGGGAGGAGGAGGGGUGGGGUGGGCGUGCCCACGAAGACGUAG